AUGGUCGAUCACUUCUGCUAUCUAUUCAUUUUCACUGUAACUCUUAUUUAUACAAGUUAUUCAUGUGAUAUAUGGAAGGCAGCUGAAUGUCCGCCAGGUCCGUCGAAAGAUGACGAUGAUUUAAUGAAAUCUCAUUUAUACACUGAAGAGCAACUACUAGCAUAUUGUGAUUCGGGAAGAACCUAUGCUAGUUGUGUGAACGAACAUUUACUCUGUUGUGAUAUGCGCUCAGAGUAUGCAGCAGCCUUAGCUUCCCUUGAUGUUCAAUUGAAACGAAAUGCAUUACGCGUUGGAAGAUACUGUCCGGAUGUCAAUGAAAGCAAUCCUAUUCAAUACAAAUGUCGAACUACGAUACAGACAAUUCCAGGUAGAAGACAUCGUCGAACGACAACGGCAACGCCGGUUUGUAACAUCGAAAAGGCUGGAGAGAGAUGUAGUCCAUUAAUCGAAAACCGCGUUCGAUUUAACCGUCGAUGGUCUGCCCAAGAAAAAGCAAAAUGGUGUAGAGACACCUAUGAGUAUCACACAUGUGCGACGAACUAUGUCAUCAAUUGUACUAUAGGACCUGUCGCAGCUGACGUGGCUCAGCUAAACGUUUUUCUUGAUUAUAUCGAAAAAUCUGCCAAUCGUGAAUGUCCAGGUGGUCUUUACGGGUGCGCUGAUAAAUCCACGAACGAUACGCAUUGUCAAGAUCGUGUCAGUUACUUUCUCGAGAAGAACGCAUUAGCAAACCAUACUGCCAUAGCACAUUGGAAAAUGCAUUGCAUCUAUGAUAGUAACAGUAGAAAUCGAUUACGCGAAUGGAGAAAGCAACACUUUCACCACAGCAAGAAACGUCGGCAACCGUCAUCACUCCCCAUCACCAAUGAACAACGUUUACCCUUCUUCCCAGCAACCACCACAGAAAAUCCAGAAUUAUUUUCCUUACCGUUGUGCGACAUAUCAACGGGGCUAUUUUAUUCACGUGAUAAAUCAAGUAUGAAUAAUCAACCCAACGUUCAGGAGUAUCGUCGUUAUCGUGAUGCUCAGUCACAUUCAUCGAGAAAAACAUCACUUCCUCAGUAUCAUCAUUCGAAUGCGUGUUGCUAUUUGACAGGGGCUCGACGAAGUGAGAAUGAAUAUUCAAGAUACCGAGACUCUUACUCUCUGCGAAGAAGAUCUGUGUCUCAAAUUCGUCCACGAUUUAAAAUUCAUACGAAAUGUCGAUCGUUAACCUAUGAUUCCGAAGCUCAACGUUCUCAAAUUUCCGAUGACAAAGUGCCAUGGGAUGUCGACUAUCCAGAUUACAAACCUGUGGAAUAUACAACUAGCAAAAUUUUACGCAAUCCGAAAGCCGAUUCACCUGACCCAUCGAAGAUUACGAAGUACAAUCAAAUCGAUAAUAAAAUUGAUCGACGAAGUUUCACUGGCCUCUAUGCUAUUGAUCCACUAACUAAUCGGCCAUUAAAUCCAAUUGGCAGAACAGGAAUGACUGGUCGUGGUCGUUUGUACCAUUGGGGACCUAACCAUGCUGGUGAUCCAGUUGUCACACGUUGGAAACGCGAUGGCAAUGGUCUAGUGAUUUGCCGUCGUCGAGACGAAUUCGACCGGUUGAAACCAGUUCUAGAAUUCGUCGCUAUUCAACGGCGCGAUAACAAACAAUGGGCAUUACCAGGAGGUAUGGUUGAUCCUGGUGAAAAUGUAUCGGAAACAGUGAAACGUGAAUUUCAAGAAGAAGCAUUACGUGAAGGUAUUGAUGAAGCCUAUAUCAAACGAUUAUUCUCCAAUGGGCAUAAACUAUUUGAAUCAUAUGUGGACGAUCCUCGAAACACAGAUAAUGCUUGGAUGGAAUCCAUCGCUAUGCAUUUUCAUGACGAAACGGGACAAUUAACAGCCAAGAUUGAUCUGAAUGCUGGUGACGAUGCGGAAAAAGCUGUUUGGUGUACUGUUGACCGAACUUUAGAACUCUAUGCUUGUCAUAAAGACUUUCUCAAAGCCGCAGUCGAUCGACUUGACGCGUUUUGGUGA